AUGCAUGAUGGAGGUCUUGUUGGCUUCCUCCAGGCGGUGGAGGGCCUCGGCUCGUUUUCUGCGGCCGUCUCGAUUUCGUACCAGCUGGUGAUCGCGAUGUUCCGCGUCUGCGCGCUGUCGGGGGCGCUCUUCGCUCAUUCUUUGUUCCCGACGCUCCUCCGCGUCCGCGUCGCGUCGUGGCAGUGCGUGCCUGUGCCGACGACGAUAGCGGAGGUCCAGCUCCGCGCCCAGAACUUCCCGGCCUCGCAUGUCCCGCUGCGGGCCUGCUUCCAGAUCACCGACAAGCUAAUUCACUCGGGCUGCCGGUUAGAUUCCGCGGUCAACGCGCACACCUAUAACGCGCGGAUCGUCCCGACGUUGUCGCGCGUAGCCCAGUUCAUCGUCAUCGCGUUGACUGCGCAAUUUGGCACCACCGGGGCGCCUCUAAGCUCGGUGCUAGCCUGGCUCGCUGUCGACUGCCGCCGCGGCGUUGGCCACGCCAACAUACAUCCAAUGCAGAUCGCCGACCAGGCCAUCCUGCAACGCAUGACCGAGUCGACGCUUCUUGCGCUACCUGGGCGCCUGCUGCUCGUCGCCCGCACCUCCGCCUGCGCGCGCCUCGCCCAGUGGGCCACGCGGCUUGCCUCGAUGCGCAUCGCGACGGCCGCUGGCGUUUGGCCUUGCGUUUUCGGCUGCGACUCGGAGCUGGGCGACAUUUUGCACUACCUGGAGGGCAGCAGCCUGCUCUGGGGCUUGGCGAAGCCGCUGCCAAGGCUUCGAUCCAUGUCACUGAGCGCGCGGAAGCCCCCAGGUAUCACGCUGUCUGUUUGUCUACCCGUGCUCAAGCCGCUGCAGCGCGCCACGACGAGGUCACGGUUGCCCUGGUGGUGGCUCUCGUGGCGAAGAUCUCUGGACGGGCUGCCGUCGGGUGGCGAACGUGCGAUCGCCGACCGCACCAUCUGGUUCAUCUUCCUCUUCGGCGAGGAGAUCGCGCUCAAGGACCAGGGCGCCCCCGUGGAGGCGCCCUCGACUGCGGAGCAGCCGCCGCCGCUCGCCUGCUGGGACUGGAUGCCCGAUCGCGAAUUCGGCAACCACUUCGGCCCCUCUACACCAGGUGCUCCAUCGGCGGCUCCAACUGCGCUGCUUGCGGACGCUGAUCGCGAAGAUCGGACAGCCACUCAGUGCGUGGCUUACGAGACGGAGUGGGCUGAACACGUUGACAUUGAGAUUUUCGAGAUGGGCCUCCCGAUUGCUGACCUACCGGCCGGCCUCCAACCUGAUGUCCCUGCUCCACCUCAUGACGACAAAGCUGCCGAAACGCUGCGCGAAUACAUCUAUGCUGCCGAAUCCGUGCUGCACGCCACGACAGUUCCCCAUUACACGUGCGAUUCGAUGGCCGACUCUUCGGAGCUUUCCGUGGAGCGGUUCCCUGGUCUUUUUGAUUUGACGAAUCUGCAGCAGAUCUCCCUGGUGCAGUCGGACCUCCCCGACGCCCUGCGCGCGCUCGGGCUGUCGGCCCUGGCGCUGCAGUUCCUGGGAGGCGUCCUCUCGAAGGGCCUCCGCGUGCGCAGACGGCUAGUGGGUUGGGAGAGCGCUCCGCUGGGCUCCGUGUCGUGGGUGCGCCGGCUUCGAGAGCUCGAGGCGGGCGGCACAAAUGCUGGGCGCAAGGGCGUAGCCUCGCUGAGAAAGCGCCUUGAGCCUGGCGUCAUCACGGACAUCGGGCUUCUCUCGCCCAAGGGUGUUAGGGCGGGGCGGCUGCUUGGAGGCGGCGGGGCCGACGACGACGACGCCGGGCGCGCGCCGUCGGCCGAGGAGGACUACGCCUCCGACGAGGCCGAGGACCCCAACGACGAGAGAGAGGCGCUGGCCCCGUGGGGGCGCGCUGCGCCCGCUGGCGCCGCGCAGGCUCCUGCCGCGCGGCUCCUGCAGCGCGCGGGCGUCCUCGGCGCGGCGCUCGCGCUGGCCGGGUGCGCCUGGUGGGGGCCGAGAGCCCGCCGAGCUGCGGGCGGGGCAGCGAGCCCAGCCGAAGCGGUCGAGGUAGUCGGCUUGGCGGUCGACGAGUGCGAGGACGCAGCCGAGGGGUCCCCUUGCUACGCCUCGGUGGCGUGGGUGAUGCAGACGGGCAUCUACGAGCACCCGGAGUGGUUCGAGGGGCUGGACAAGGAGGCCCGCUUCGAGGAGGUACAGGCUAAACUCGCCGAGGACGACCCCAGCAAGGAGGAGGACCAGAAGUCCCACUGCAAAGCGCCGUGCAGGGACCCGUCAGCCGUGAAACGGCACCGUGGCAUCCCCGGCUCUGCGCUGGACCUGCCUGUGCCCGGGCCAUACGCCGAGAGGCAGGAACUGGAGUUCUACAUGUACCGUGCCCAGAGCGACCACGACUACCCGAUGGAGAACGUGGACACGGCGGACCUGGCCGGCGUGAUGUGGUACCUGCACAACGAGAUCGUCGUCGCCGUGGGGCGGACCCGGAAGUACGGCGUCACCCGGAUCAGGAGGUUUAAGGUCAAGAUGAGGACCACGUGGGCGUACUACAACUCCCACCGGCGGCAGUUCGGCUCCUUCGUGGCAUUCGACUCGGGGCACUGCACCGUGCCGGACUGCGACCGGAUCUGGAUGCGCUUCGGCGCCCUCCCCGGCUGCCAGCACGUGGACACGCAGAGGGAGAGAGCGGCCUACAUGUCCGACGUCAAGACGUACAUCGGCGACGACUGCGAGGGCUACCAGUGCCGCCCGCCGGUGUGGUACUCACUGCCCGGGUCGUGCCCCAACCACAACAACGAGGAGAAAACCCCCGAGUGCAUCCGCGACCUCCCCGGCGGCCUCUGCGACGCGGCCACCGGCGACAGGUCGGCGACUACAAAGGGAGCAGCUGCAGGAGUGGCACGGCCCCCUGGUGCGACCACGUCCCAGAGGAGGGCCAGGGCAGCGUCAGCAUGGCGGAGGCCCUGA